CCCGGCUGGGAGAGAGGUGAGGAAAAGUUGAGUGUUUUCUCCUCUUGCUAGAAUGGAGCCUGGGAUCCUACUAUUGAAGAGAGCAAAACCUGGAGCAUGAAGGCAGGAGGAACGCUACCUUCCUGUUCUUUUCUUUUCUCUCAUCUUUCAUCUUUCAAUUAACAAACAGGGCAGGUGGCCCUUGCCCGUUAACCUCAGCGUUCAUUCCUGAGACUGAGGUUACUCCAUUCCUGUGAAAUUAUAACUGUACCUCAGAGGGCGAGACAAGUAACUGAGGAAGAAUGGAAGGGGAAGAGAUGGAAACCACGGGAUCUCUUUCAGAGGUUUUCCAACCAGAGGUCACUAUGGCGGUGACAGGAGAGCCACCUAAACCUGCAGAAGAAGAGCUAGAAGAGGAAGAAGAAGAGACCUCCCCAGAAGUCAUAGACACACUGUCCCUUCUAGAUGUGCUGAGGGUGUCUGCAAUCAUGGAGGACAUUAUUGACCAGCUCUCUAUUCUAGGCUACAUCAUUCCCGUUCAGUAUGAAAGGAGGCAGAGCCUCAGCCAGAAAACCAGCCAUGAAGGAGCACCUCUGGUUCCAAGCACACCAAAAAUAUCUGCUUCUUUGAUAGCUAAAGACAAACCCGUGGUGUCAGACAGCAAACAAAGAGGGCAGGACUUUUUCUUUAAAAAAGCAACAAAGCAGACCACGAUGACUCUGGAGACAAUGAAGAAAAUCCAGAAUGACAGGCAAUAUUUCAGUGAUGUCAUUGCAAACGCCAUGAUGGAGAUGCAAGCUUGCGGCUCGUUCUCCAGUCUCCUGGAAGCCUUGGGCAAAGAAAGAGACGCCAAAAUGAAUUUCCAUGACGUCAUCACAAGGGAGGAAAAAGGAAGAAAACAGAUAAAAUCUCUUCAAAAACAGCUAGUUGAUGUCAAAAGGGAGCGUCAAAUGCAAGUACAGAAUGGAAACGAAUACAUUGCUCACCUCAGAGACCAGCUACAAGAGGUGAAGGCAAAAACCAACCUGGAGAAUCUUUAUAUGAAAAGGAACACUGAGCUGCAGGUUUCCCAGACCCAGAAGAAGUGCAACAGAGCAGAAGAGCUCCUGCUGGAGGAGAUUGAGAAACUGAGGUUGAAAACUGAAGAGGAGAACCGGGUUCACAUGGAGAUCGAAAUGUUCCUUAAAAAUCAGCAGCAGAAGCUUGAGGAGAAGCUCGAGUUCUGGAUGGAGAAAUUCGAUAAAGACACAGAAGCAAAGCAGAACGAGUUAAACGCUCUCAAGGCGGCCAAGGCCAGUGACCUGGCGCACCUUCAAGACCUGGCGAAGAUGAUCCGGGAGUAUGAGCAGGUCAUUAUUGAGGACAGGUUAGAAAAGGAGAAGACCAGGAAGAAGCUGGAGCAGGAUGACCUCGAACUGAGGAGCAUUGUGAAGCUCCAGGCCUGGUGGCGAGGUACAGUCGUUCGGAGGGAAAUUGGAAGUUUCAAAAUGCCCAAGAAAGAAAAAGAUGACAGCAAAGAUGCGAAAGGCAAGGAGAAGGACAAGCGGAGAGGCAAGAAGUAACGAGUUUCUACUGUUCCUUCUCAGGACUCGACACGUGUGAUGCUACCACGGCACCCACCGACGUGCUCCCGGAGACACCUGGGGAGCUGGCUAUGCUUGAUGUCUGGUUUUCAAAGCCCAGUCAGGGCUGUCACACGGCUAUAGGACUCUUCAGACUAGACUUUGGGGGGAAGCCAUUUGAACAUGGCUUAUUGUGAACAUCCUUAUUCUCCCUCACCACAAAGCAGUUCAUUCACUGGCUUAUAGUCAAGUAUUAAAAACUCCUGGCACAUCU